CAGUCGGCGCUGUUUGGCUGUUGUGUGUUGUUGUGUAGCCGGAGGUUCUUUCGCGUUUAGCUGGUUUAGUUUAGCCGCGACUACUGGUAAAAUGGCCCCUGUCUGUGUUGCAGCGUGUUGCAGACUUCCUUUCGGCAACGGGAGAUCAGGGUAUAUGUUUCCGAAAGACGAGAAACUGCGUAAACUUUGGUCCCUGGCUGCGAAUCCGUCUAGGCCUACUUGGAAACCGUCGAAACGGGACAAGUUGUGCGCGGCUCAUUUUCUCGACGAAGACUUCGAAACAAACCCGAAGGUGCUCAUCAGUCUGGGCCUGUCAACGAAGUACAACCGGUUGAAAGAAGGAGCCGUUCCUUCAGUAUUUUCACGGAAACGGAAGGCAGAAAGGCGGAGCAAGGCAUUCGAAAAGCGUCAACGCAAAGAGAUCGUAGACUCACUGUUGGCCACGCAAGAUGCCGGUGUUCGUGAAACUUCGGAUGAUAACCGAGUGGUCGAAAAUAUCGCGCACGCUUCAACAUCCACCGGUGGAAUGCAUCUGCAAGAUGGUGGCCUUUCUGUCUGUACUGCUCCAAUCUACGUCUUGAUCUGCCACACCUCAGAGACAUCAAAUGGCGACAGCAAAGAGAAACCGGCUGUGGGUACUGCACGAAGGAACGGCACCACUACGUCCCUGACCCAGCCGAAGGAGGCACCACUAACGAGAAAUGCGCAGACCCAGACAACACUCAUUUACAGAAACCGUGGUACGAGAAAGGACCGACGAUCAUGCUGUGUAACCACAUUUGUGGCACUGUAGCUUCGGUUCCAGAUAUCU